UAAGUGACAGAGAAAAAAGAGACGUGAAGAAGAAGAGGAGAAUGGGAAGGAUAUUUACGGUGGAACUUGAGGGAAGAUCUUACAGAUGCAGGUUUUGCAGAACCCAUCUUGCUCUUCCCAAUGAUCUUAUUUCCAAGUCUUUCCAUUGCCGGAGAGAAAAGGCUUACCUCUUCAAUCGUUCAGUGAACAUAAGUAUGGGUCCUUUAGAGGAAAGGAUGAUGCUUUCGGGUAUGCAUACCGUUGCUGAUAUUUUCUGCUGUUGCUGCGGACAGAAUGUUGGCUGGAAAUAUGAAUCAGCGCAUGAGAAAGAUCAGAAAUAUAAAGAAGGCAAAUUUGUUCUGGAAAGAGGAAGGAUCAUGGAUGAAACAUCAACAGAGGUUUGCAUCGAUACUCGAAGCGACACAGAAGAUUCUUAAAAUGUCAGCUUUAGAUUCUUCCCUCGCCCUCCUUUUUUUUUGUUGUGUGGAAUAGUGUGUUUGUUAAGAUCAGAGCUUGUUACUUGUGUAGAUAUCUGUAACAUGAGUUUUGUAGAAGAUACAUGUCAUGGAGCUUUCUGUAUUGUGUAAUAUCUCAACUUCAUGGUCUCUUGGUUUUUACUUGCGUAGAGAAAACAUAUCCAACAUCUUGUAUAAGUGUUUUCAUCAGUUCAAUUAAAUUGUAGUUGUUUUUCUA